UUGUGUGCAGAGGAAGAUGUAGUUCUUGCCUUGCAGGGUCCCUGACCUGAUGGCGACCCGUGGUGGAGUCUUCAUAGUGACAGACACCACUGUAAAAGCAGACCCAGGCUGUGCAACCCCCAAAGCAGGUCUCCUCACUCACCAGGAUAGAUAGACUAUUAGCCCCAAUUCCUCAGCCCUACCUGCACCCACCGCUUGCCAUGGUUUCGUUGUGGGUGGAGGGUACUUUCCCGCCCCCUGACUUCGGGCUUGCCCACGUGGCUUGCACUAGCCAUGGAAUGAAGCAGAAACGAAAGCCUGCCAGUUCCAAGCCCACGUCUGAAGACGCCUUAGGCCGUUCCGCGGGCCCCGUGCGCUUCCACCUUCACCCAGAAACCCUUCUCUGGUGCAGCCGCUGCUUCUUCAGCCUCGGCCCAGAAGGAACGGAGCCCCCUGGCCGAUCCGCAGGCCUUCAGGGAGCCGCAGAGCGCAGCGGCCGGCCCAGCGUUGAAGCCCAAGCACAGGCCUGCUAGAACCUUGUUCCAGCCGCCGUUUGCGAUGGUUGAUUAGGACGCGUUGCUGUGGCGGUAGCUCACCAACCCAAUGCGUGCACCCGCUCCUUUAUUAGGUAUAGGGCAAGUGGCUCCCACAGGGACCUGAUACAACAGUGCGUUAAAUAAGGAGCUUAUUGAGCUCUCAUGUCUUAAGUCGGUGGAGAAGUCCAGGGCUCGUGUGGGGGCUCCGGCGGGGUCUGUGGCCCCCAUCCGCGUGGAACCUCCCCACGGUUCGCAAGUCUGGGUCUUCGGAGCCUUCAGCCCUGCGAGCCCAAACAGUCCACAGGGCGGCGCCAGACCCUCUUUCGAAAGCCACUCUCUAAAGCCUCAGCUCCAACCGCUUCCACUUCUGCUUCAGGCCCAGGAUUUUUCACUCUUCUGGAAUGGGG